CAACACGUUCGGCUCUGCCCCACUUAACCGGAAUCGAGUUGCUAGCUAACUAAGCUAGCAGGCUAAUCAACGUCGCUCGGUCGGUAUCUCCGCGGCUUUGAAAUGACACGUUAAUGAAGCGUGAAUCAGAGAAACUACUUCACGUUAGCUUGUGUUCAACUAGGAGAUUUGUAAACGUCACAGGCCCGAGGCGGGACGUUUAGUGCAACGUCUCUAAAGCUCGACAGUAGCAAAUAUCUUCAAAGUGCCACAACUGUGGAGUUACUCUCGAGCCGAAAUUAAGUAACGUUAAGUUAAAAACGUUCACACAUCUCCUAGUUAACGUUAGCCGUUAAUACUUAGCCGAAUCUCUUUUUUUUUUUCUUCCGAGCGGACAGACACGCCCAUGCUCACUACGACAUGGAGCAACCUGAAGACGAAACCUUCAUGGACGGGUUACGACCAGCUAACGUCACUGUGACUACACCUUUUAUGAGCUAUGAGCUACCCUGGUUACCCUCCUCAGGCGGGUGCCUACCCUCCACAAGCUGCUGGCUACCCAUCUCAGCCUGGAGCUUACCCUCCCCAAGCUGGAGGCUACCCCCAACAGCCAGGCGGCUACCCUCCCCAGGCCGGCGGCUACCCUCCCCAGGCCGGCGGCUACCCUCCCCAGGCCGGAGGUUACCCCCCACAGGCCGGAGGCUACCCCCCUCAGGCCGGGGGCUAUCCUCCUCAGGCUGGAGGCUUUCCUCCUCAGGCUGGAGGCUUUCCUCCUCAGGCAGGAGGCUUUCCUCCUCAGGCAGGAGGCUACCCAGCAGCACCACCACAAGGCAGCUGGGGAGGUGGCCCUGCUGGUGGAUAUCCCACCAUUGGGCUUGGUGGAUACAAUACAGCCAUGGCCAACCAGAUCUCUUCAGGCAUUGCCGGUUUUUCCCAAACCCCAUUCAUGUUGGAUCAGGCCUCUGGGGGGUACCCACCUGCCGCUCAGCCCAGUGGACUUGGUGCUCCCUCCCCUAACCAACAGUCAUAUGGCCUGUACCCACAGCCAGGAGGGAACAUGCAACCCCCCCAAGGCCCAGGGAUGGGUUACCCUGGUCAGCCUGGACAACCAAUGCCUGCUUAUGGAGGAGCAGCACCUACGCCCGGUUACCCAAAGGCCCCUUCACCAAAUCCAUCCAUGCCAGCCUACGGAGGAGGAGGAGGAGGAACCAUGCCGAUCGCUCCACCGGUCAAUAGAGGAUACAGAGGAACAAUCAACGACUUUCCGGGAGCUGACCAGCUCAAAGAUGCGGAGGUCCUUAGGAAGGCCAUGAAGGGCUUUGGAACUGACGAGCAUGCCAUCAUCGACCUACUGGGUAGUCGCUCCAAUAGGCAGCGCGUGCCUUUGCUCCGAGCCUACAAAACGGCCUACGGGAAGGAUCUGAUUAAGGACCUGCACUCAGAACUGUCUGGAGACUUUAGGAAGCUGGUCAUGGCCACGUUGAAGACGCCGGCUGAGUUUGAUGCCUCUGAGCUCCACAGUGCCAUAAAGGGCGCCGGAACCGACGAGGCCUGUCUCAUAGAGAUCUUGUCUUCUCGCUCCAACGCUGAAAUCAAGGAGAUAAACCGUAUUUACAAACAAGAACACAAGAAGUCACUGGAGGACGCCAUUAGUGGGGAUACUUCAGGCCACUUCCGCAGGCUGCUCAUCUCCCUUGCACAGGGUAAUCGGGAUGAACGAGAGACCGUUGACGUCUCUCUGGCUCAACAGGAUGCUCAGGCCCUGUAUGCUGCUGGAGAAAACAAGCUUGGAACCGAUGAGUCCAAGUUUAAUGCUAUUCUGUGUGCACGAAGCAAACCUCAUCUCAGAGCAGUGUUUGUGCAGUACCAGCAGAUGUGUGGCAGGGAUAUCGAGAAGAGCAUCAACAGGGAGAUGUCUGGAGACCUUGAGAGUGGCAUGUUGGCAGUGGUCAAGUGUAUUAAAAACACACCUGCCUAUUUUGCUGAGAGACUUUACAAAGCCAUGAAGGGAGCUGGGACCAAAGACACAACCCUGAUCCGUAUCAUGGUCACCCGCUCCGAAGUCGACAUGCUGGAUAUUCGCCAGGAGUAUGUCAAAAACUACGGCAAGUCGCUGUACACACACAUCUCUGGAGACACAUCAGGAGACUACAAGAAACUUCUCCUGAAGUUCUGUGGGGGCAGCGACUGAGAAAUAAACAGUGACUACUGCAUUAGAGAAUUAUUCUAUAAAUAUCUCCUCUCUGCCAAAUCCUUAUGCACUAUACACAAACUGCAAGCCUGCAUGCCAUGCCAGUAAUCUCAAUACAAUGUUUACCUAGUUUAAAAAAAAAUAGUAUAUAAAGCUAUGUUUUGUUUAUUUUCUAUAUACAGUAUGCAAACAAAAGUUGUAUAUUUUUUAUCACUAUUGAUAUCUUUGCUGGAUAUUUUGGUUUUGACCUUCAUGGACAUAAAAUAAAUAUGAACGAGAUUUGAGUCAUUAUAUAUUUUUGAUGUUAUAAAUUCAGCCAACAUUAGAUGCGUCAGAAAUCAAAUGAUAUCAGGUGAUUUAUAAUGUUCAGCAAUGCUGAAUAGAUUAUGAGAAAUUCAUAUUAUGAGAAUACAUAGCAGCUAAGCACCAAUGAUAUUCUAUAUUUUGUUUACGUUUGUAUUGGUUCGUCAGCUUGUGCUGUAUUUGCAUCAGGUGCAUUUAUUCAUGUUUGACUCUUAGUUCCUGUUUUAGCAUGUUACACUCAAGCAUCACAUUUAACAAAUUGUUGGUGCUUCUUUCUUUUUGACUUUCAGAAAACCGAUUUCUUUAAUAACUUGUCCUUAAAGUAUUUGAGAUUCAUCACAUGUAAUACAUACAUUGAAAUGAUUUGAAAAAUACCAUAAAGGAAAUACCUUUCUAAAAUUCAAA